GGGUGGGGCUUAUUCUAGAGCUCACGUGACUCGUCGCGGUCUUGCUUGUUGAAGGGGCGGAAAAUGGAAGAUGAAGGCGUCCCUCCGCUCGAAGACCUGACCGAUGUAGUCACCAAGAACAAAAUGCGGCCGCGGCCGCUUUACGAGCCACGUGUGCGCAUGCGCAACGAGGCCGAAAAACCGGUCGCAACGCCUGCAGUAGUAGUAACGAAGAAACCGGAGGAAAGCUCCAGUCAGUCCAAGUCUUUCGGGGGAUUCUCCAAAGGGUUUCUUCUCUCCAAUUCAACCUCUUCCACACCGAAAAAGACUAAGAAAAAAGAUGCGGAGAAUGGAGGUUCUGGUGGUGGUUGUAAGAAGACUGCCUCAGCAAAGACUGGGAAAGAUGAUAUUCCAUUUCUAAAGGCUCAGGAACCCCCAGCAAAGGCUCCUGUACUUCCCGAAGUACAGGAGGCAAUGAAAGAAGCAUACUCACUUAUGGACACGCAAGAAUGGAUGACUGGGUCCCUACUGGAGAAGAUAGAGAAGCACCCUCUCCUCUCCCGCGCACUCCGUGACCCAACGCUUGCUCGGGCCUUGUCCCAGUUCCAGACCGACCCCGAUUCUGUGCUCCGGACCGCUGCCGGGGAUCCCCAAUUGCAGGAGGUUCUGAGGGAGUUCUGUGCUGUCAUGGGGGGCCACUUUACGGAACUGGCCGACAAGCAAGACUCACAAAAACAAAGCGAACACUAUGUUCCUCUCGAAAAGGACGAAGAAGUAGAGAAAGUAUUGGGGAAGGAAGGGGUUAAAGAGGCUCUCUCCGAUCCUCAAAUUCAGCAGCUCUUCAGCCAUCUCAGAGAGGACCCCACCAGGGCGCAAAGGUCAGUAUGUACAUCGGUGGAUUAAACGGGCGUGGUUGAAAAGAAUUUUCAUUCUGUGUGUGUAUAUAGGAUGCUUUCAUCUGGUAGUCCAGAACUAAGACAAAAAGUUCAGCUUUUGAUAGACAACGGACUACUUGCAUUACAGUGACAUGUUUUUACUUUCAAAUUAUGUAUAUACACAUAAAAUAUUUUAAUACGGAGUGGGUUAAAAAGUGGAGCCGUGCGUGCUAAAAAUUAGCCUACGUGGUCUGUGGAAUACACAAUAAGUAUCUAUUUUCUUCCCUUGGGAGGGAGUGGAGGGUUGGUGCUACCUUUCCUACCCUUAUCUUUCGGAGCUAGUUCAGGCGAAGGCUCGUCAGGCAGCGGGCGAUUUGGCAUCACGAUUGCUUCGUACAAAGUCUCCUCAGUUGGGAGUGCAUUGCCAUCUGUCUCCUCGUACAGCUCUUCGGUAAUGGACGGAGGCUUUACUCCGUGCAGCGAUAUUUCGAGAGGGGUCUGGGGGAGUGGUUGCACCGAUCUCGGACGUGGGAGGGGCUUGUUUCCGGCGGGCCUUGCUCUGAUCGGCAGCGAAGUCGUGGAUAGGUUCUGUUUUAUUCUCUGGUAGUCUGAGCUCGUUACCGUCGAAUCCAUAUCGUCAUAGAGUACUUCGUCUAUCAGAGGUGCAGUGUCGCCGGUCGAUUUCUGUGGGGAGACUGGUUCGCUCGCAGCGGUGUCCUCAUACAGCUGGUCCUCCUCGCGAGAGACGUGAGCCAUCUCCGUGUAUUCCUCGGUUGGCCCCUGGUCCGGCUGCACGUACACCUCCUGGACGCUGGCCGUCAUCUCAGUGUACAUCUCACCGUCCAGGUCUGUCGGCGGAGGAAGAGGUGCCGGUUUCUUUUCAGGGACGCUUGUCUUUGACGGCGAAGCUAGUGGAGGUUUUGUACCGAUCACGGGGGGUGGUGCUGCACCGCUUUUUCUAUCUUCAGAUGUCUUCCGACUUUUUGCGCUGGCUGGUUUUGAUUUCUCUUUGACUGGUUUCGUUUUCUCUUUGACUGGUUUAGCAGGACGAGGCGGUGGUGUGCUCUCCUCCUCGGGACCAGCCGCGCUGUACAAGGCUCCCUCGUUCUCUAUCAUCGUAGCCCCGGAUCUACUGACUGGUUGAUAUUUUUUCUCUUCCACGGGGACCACUGUGUUUGACUGUUGGUUCCUCUUCAGUGUAGGAGCCAAGGGUUUAGUGGGUGCCAUCUGAGUGUAUUCGUCAUCUGCACUCACAGUUGCUGACUCUGCAAGAGGGAUUUUAGUGGGUGUGGCUGAGGCGACAUCGUUUGGUCGUCUUGAAUAUCGAACCUCUAAUUCGACAUCUCUUUCAGCAUCACCUCCGUGGAGGUUCAACUUGUAGCCACGUCGCCUUCUUGCUAGCGAUACAAAGAUCAGAACGACCAACACGACUAGAGCGGCUGCUAGUAUUAGUGUGAUUGCAACGGUCAGACCGAUUGUACCUGAACCAGCAGAAAAUGUCGAAGAGUCUUCAACUUCCGGCUCUUGGGUACAGUCUGCUGGGGAAGGACCAGAGCAGCCAUUAGUGCAGGAAGUGUCGCAGAGCUCACAUGCUCCGGUCAUGGGGUCGUGGUAGUAGGUAAUGUUGGGGCAGCUCAAAACACACGCUCCCUCGAAUCUUGGAAGUGUUGUGUUUUUUGUUGCAUUUCGACUGCAGGUGAUGCAGUCUGCAUCUGUCGGUCCCCUGCAUCCGUCCUCCAGGGAGCAGAGGCGACUGCACACCCCACAGCUGCGAUCACUGGUCUCAAACAGAGUCAUCUGUGUUGACCCAGAGUUGCAGGAAAGGCACGCAGAGCUCCUGCCCGUCCUGGAUGCGAGCUACAGUGGCACACUCGCGGCAGUCAAAUGCCGAGGGUCCAGUGCAACCCCCCAAACACUGCUCACUGCACUGGAGGCAGUUCCUGUCACCACCUUCGUAGAAUCCAGUCGGGCACUCCUCCAAACAGACAUCUGAUAUCAUUUGGUCAUCAAGUCCUCCGGACUCUGCACUGGACAGGGAGAUGCGGACGUUGAGACAUUCGUAGCAGUCACUGGAAGUCUCCCCGAAGCAUCCUGCGGUCGCAUUGCACUGGCUGUCACAAGGAACGCACACUCUGUCUUCUCUGAGCCAUGUUCCAAUCCCGCAAUCUGCUACACAGGUCUGAGAGUUCUGCUCAAAUGCUACUUCGCAGGCGGUGCACUCUGUAGCAUUGGGUCCCGUGCAACCCAAACUAGGAUUACAGAGUUCAUUGCAAUCGUAACAGAAAACGGUGUCCAACUUGCUAUCUGUUCUACUGUACUGGUUUGAGUUGCAAGCAUCCACACACACAUUGUCAAGAGUGGAUACGUUUGGACACCUCUCCACACACCGCAUGUUUGACACAGAUAGAGGGACCACAAAGUUUCUACACUCCAGGCAGUCUUCAUUUGUCGCUCCGUUGCAAGUCACGCACUCUUCUGAGCAGUUCGUGCAGUUUCCAAAUGAUCCGAACUGUCCCUGUGGACAAGCAUUGUUGUACUCCCACCCGUCUUCAAUGAUUGUGAGGGCCCCUGUAUCGGACUCGAUAACGACGUCGCCUCGAACAGCGGCACCGGUUGGGUGGUACCCUACUGUGAACUCAACCAUUUCGUCGUUGCUGGCUCCUUGAACUACGUCUUCAGCAGGUACUCCAGCCGUUGUUACGGAGUCAAUCCUGGAACCCCCUCCAAGUAGACGCUCUCCUGUGACUGUAACUACAACCCCACCCACUCCAGAAUUUGGAGAGACCUCAAUCACUGUGCUGGCUUCUAAGUAGUUCCACGUGAAGGUAGACCUCAGCUCCCCACCAAAAUUAGAAAUAAGAGUAACUCUGUCCUCAGGAGGGUUUGGUCUUAUUGGCUCUCCCAUCCGCGCGUCUACUCUAGUGUCGGAGCUAAAAGUAAUGUCUGUGGUGGUGGCUAUGUCUCCGACGGUGAUUCGUGCUACCGAUUCUCCUCCCGAGUGAAGUCCCGUUCCCGUGAUUGUAACUCUGGUACCAAACUGGCCCCGAGGUGGAUUGAUAUUCACUACUGCACCAGCCAUCACAUAGCUCCAGCCAUCUGUCUUCCUUACAUAGGCUCCGGUUUCACUGACUAGGACUAUAUCACCAGUAGUAAUGUUGUCUGGAUUCAGGAGUGAAGCAAUCAGAAUGACUGAAUCAGCACUGCUGCUGUUGACCGUUGCUUCGAUCCCAGCCAAGUAUGCCUUAUCUACACGUGUCCCAUCUCCCAGGAGCCUUUCUCCACUGAUCACAACUAUAGUACCAACUUGCCCUUGUGAGGGGUAGGCUGAAUAUAUUGCUCCCUCCUGGUUAUAAGUGAAAGUCGGAUCCCCUGUGAUUAUUGCCCCAGAGUCCGUCUCAAUGAUGAUCCGUCCGCUAAAUGCUUCAAAGAUGUCUGGUCUGCCAGCUUCAACGGUGAUGGAUGUAUCAUUCACUUCACCCAGAACGUUUACAUUGACUCCAGCCAGACUCACUCUUACUACCUCAGUAAACCCCGUUCCUGAAAUUACAACCCUCGUUCCAUUCUGCCCGGAGUCUGGAGAAACUCCUGUGAUUGAUCCACCGGCCAGGUACCGGAAGACAAAGGCGUCAUUUGACAGUGUCGCUCCUGUAUCAGAUACAAUGGUGACCGCCCCUUGUGGUAGACUUGGUGUGAGGCCGACACGAACUUGGAUGAUGUCGUCAAGUCCGACAACAAUUUCCAUUGCAUCCACACCAGCCAGGGUCACUUGGCUCACGGAACUCCCUCCCUGUAGCAUCCGCUCCCCUCGAAUGGUCACGUACGAUCCUUGAACCCCCUGCAGUGGACUCACUUCUCUCACCUCCCCUGGCUCCAGAUAAGUCCAGGCAUCGUCUAUAACAACCCUGCCUCCUCCAGCCACCAUGUAGGUGAUACUACCAGCAGACGUUAUUUCAGUGGAUGGAGAAGCUACGAGAUCGAUUCGAGUGUCUGAGACCAGGGGAGAACUUUGCACUAGUAUACCACCAAGUCUAGCUUCCUCUAGUUGGCUGGACCCUGCUAAUAGACCUUCGCCAGUGAUGCUCACAAUCGUUCCUCCCUGUCCGGAUUGUGGAGCUACAUUCCUCACUUCCAGUCUUACAUAUGUGAAGACUGCACCAUUGCUUGUGUAAGUUGCUCCGUCUUCCCAAAUUAUGGUAAAUGGUUCUUCGAUUGCUCCAGCUGAUGAGUCACGAAACUCGCUUACUCUCACUCGAACCUCUGAAUCAUCCUGAGAGAGAACUUCUGUCGCAAUACCUGCAACUUGAACAGAUUCCACACUCCGGUUCCCGGCUCUGAGAUUUGAAACGAGUAUGCGGAUCUCAGUAUUGAAGUACCCAAUAGUCGGCGUGAAAACCUCAAGUUCAGCUGGCUCCAGGUAGCUCCAGGCCGAGGGAAUAGUAAGACUUGCUCCAUUAAUGAAAUCAACUGUGAUAUCGCCCACUGGUGUCUGAGGAGAUGGACCGGCUUCAACUAUCACUCUUGUUUCUAGUUUAUCCACUAUGCCAUUCACUUGAACCCCUGCCAGAGAGAUUCUAGUAAUUACCAAGGAUAUCCCCUUCAGGUCUAUUGAUACUCUCGUUCCAUUCUGUCCAGUCAGUGGAGUGACAUCAUCGGCUGUUAUAUCUGGCAGGUACUCCCAUAUGUCCGUUCCUAUUCCAGAAAUCAGACCGGCGUCAGACUCUAUUAUGAUCCUACCUCUGGCCCCUUCUGCGGGGCCGUCUCCUGCAAUUACAAUCACUUCCGUGUCACUUGCAUUCAUGAUAGUAGCGUUCUGUCCAGCCAAAGUGACUUCCACUGCCGUAGAGUUCCCAUGGAGAAGAUUGAUGCCUGUGAUAGUUACCGUGGUACCCCCAGACCCAGCUACCGGGGAAAUGCUAGUAACACGAGCUUCGCUCUCACUGUAUGUAAAUAAUCCCGCACUGUUAUAGACGGUGGCUCCGUUUGAAGCAAUUACUUGGAUUGGCAGGGGUACACUCGGCUCAUCGAGAUUUGAAUCUGAAUCGACUGAGGCUUGAUACGGCCCUGCUCUGAAAGUCAACUCGCUGCUAUUGACAAUGGUGGCUUCGUACGAUCUUGUCUGACCGACUAUCACCCUCACUUCAGAGACACACGGAGGUACUAGGUCCCUCCCAUAGAUAGUUACUGUCUCUCCGGGCUGGGCAGUGGUAGGAGAAACAGUAGAUAUCUCACCAGGUUCUGUGUAGUCCCAGGCACCUUCUAGUUCGAGAAAAGCUCCAGAUUCAAGCUCAAUUCUCACUGCUAGAUCACUGUCUACUGCAGAACUAGCGCCCACCCUCACUCGAAUACUGUUCUCUGUCAGUACCUCAAUAGCAAAUGCCGGAAUACUUCCAAAUCUCACAGAUUCGACACUGUCAAUCUCCCCGCUAUCUGCAGAGCCAUUUAGGUUGAUGCCAACUAUGCUGACAGAGGUGCCGUUUGUUCCAUUCACAGGCUCUGUGGCAUCUAUUCUCGCCACAUAGUAGGUGAAUUGUUGUUCUCCGCUAACAAUUACCGGGCCGCUGUCUGCAAUCAGUUGAACAGGCCCUGACAGUAGGUCAGGAUUGGAUUCAUCAGCAGCAAAAGGGUUAAAACCAGCCGCACACUCUGCCUCUGUUUCAGUCGACAGGGUGACGGUACCCUGUAUCCCUGCCAGGGAGCAGCUGGUGAAUACUCCAGCCGAGCUUCCGAGGAGAGAGACCCCACGGAUAGUGACAGUGACACCCUGCUGACCCACGGGAGGGUAUAUGGAUGAUAUUACUCCUAACUCCUCAAAUUCCCAGUCCUCUCCUGAUAUCACUGCCCCUGUGUCGAUUAAGAUUUCCACCACUCCACUUCCAUUGGCUGCAUCUCCACUGCCAUUGACCUCUGGGAGUUGUGCACGAACAAUUAUCUGGGAAUUAGUGGGGGUGCCUCUAAUUUCAGCUGGCACACCCCCCAGGGUAACUUCUUGCACAACACCUCCGCCAAGAAGAUUUUCGCCCGAAAUUGUCACCCUUGUCCCCACGGUUCCUACUUCUGGAGUCACAGAGUUUAUCACUCCGGGGGAAAGGUAUUGGAAAGUGAUGGACUCGGGGGGAAUUAUUGUGGCUCCUGUUGUUAAAGUGAUGAUUACAGAUCCUGGGGGUCCCUCGGGAGAAGAGCUUGCCCGAACUGUGAUCUCGUUGUCGGUUGGAAUGCCAAGAAUCUCAUCUACAUCCGUUCCAGCAAGUGUUAUGGAGUAAAUAUCGGCUACAGUACCUCCUUGGAGGAGAUUCGUUCCCGUGAUUGUUACUCUCGUUCCAAAUUGGCCUCUGGUGGGGGAGACCCCUGUAAUCUGCCCAGGUUGAACGAGAUUGAAGAGACCUACUCCAACUAUAGUAGCACCGGUGUCUGCCACUAGUGUGAUGUCUGCUGUGGUUGGGAACACUGAAUCCAGGGGGAAAUUAGAUAGAAUCUCCAAGUCGACAUUUUCGUCAUCGGAAUCUCUUACAUUUGCGCUCACUUCUCUCCCUCCUUGUUGACCAAUACGAGCUGAUGCAAUGGUGCUACCCCCUCCGAGAAGAUUUCGACCCACCACCUGAAUUCUGGUUCCCUGCUGACCCCUGUCGGGGGUCACACUGAGUAUGACCCCCUCUUCGAUAUAGGUGAAUCCAUUACGCAAUCUAGCCACUCGUCCGUCGAUCCCUUCAACUGUGACAUCAACAGAAUAAGUCCCUACCUCCCCUGCACGAGGAGUACUCACUUCAAUGGUUUGAUUAGACACGCUGGACGAUAGGGUUGCGGCAAUUUGCCCCCCAAUUCUAGCCACUAGAGGGAGCGACGGAUCAAAAGCAUUGUCAUUGGGUAAACGUAUGAUCACUUGAGUUCCUUGCUGCCCGCGAUCAACCUCGGGAAGAGAGAGGGUGAGAUCUAGGUAGGUAAAAUUUCCACCCCUCACAAUCGACCCGUCGUUUGCAGUAAUGACAAUGAUGGAAUUGUUUCCUCCGUUUGCUGGAGCUGCACCUACAACAACUGCUACCUCGCUCUGUGACUCAGUCACAAUUCUCAAGACCGGAGAUCCCCCAAUUGUCACGCUUGUCACAACAGUUUCCGACGGCCUCAGAAACGUGCCUUGUAUCAGCACACCGCUUCCCUCUGCACCUUUGCUAGGGUUGACGUCGUCAAUGCUUCCCUGUUCCGUGU